UAUUUAUCAAUUAUAUUAUACUUUUCUCUCAAAGAUUCUCCAAAACUUGAAGAUAGAGAUGGGUACAGGAGGAGGGGGAGAUGAGUUGAUUGUGAGUGUGAGGAAGAGGGAGGUGGUGGCUGCAGUGCUUCCAUUGCAAGAGCAUUGGCUGCCACUAUCCAACCUCGACUUGCUUCUUCCCCCUUUGGACGUGGGUGUCUUUUUCUGUUACAAGAAGCCCACCAACAACCUCACCUUUGAAUCCAUGGCCGGGGUUCUCAAGAAUGCCUUGGCCCAACUUCUGCUUUCCCAUUACGCCUUUGCUGCUGAGGUGGUGCCAAACUCCCUUGGUGAGCCUGAGCUUCUCUGCAACAACCGUGGGGUUGAUUUUGUUGAAGCUUUUGCAGAGGUUCACCUUAAAGACCUCAACUUGUAUAAUCCUGAUGACACCAUUGAAGGCAAACUUGUGCCGAGGAAGAAGCACGGAGUUCUUGCUGUCCAGGUUACUGAGCUGAGAUGUGGUGGGUUGGUGGUGGCGUGCUCAUUUGACCACCGAAUAGCAGACGCACACUCAGCCAAUAUGUUUCUCGUCUCAUGGGCUGAGAUGGCUCACUCUAAACCAAUCUCUACUCUCCCAUCUUUUCGUCGAUCUUUACUCAACCCUCGACGCCCCGCCUCCAUUCAUUCCUACUUCGAAGAUAUCUACGUCCCCGUAACCAAAUUGCCGCCUCCCAAAGAUCCCGAGCCUGAUUCCGAUCAUCUCAUAAGCCGCAUAUACUACAUUCCGGCCGAACAACUCAGCCGCCUCCAAUCACUAGCCAGUACCAAGGGUCGCCGAAGGACCAAGCUAGAGUCUUUCAGUGCAUUCUUGUGGAAGAUGGUUGCCAAGUGGGCUAUUACUAAAAAUGCAGACAAAAAGAUGACCCAGAUGGGCGUUGUUGUCGACGGAAGGACAAGGUUGAGUGAUGGAGACGAACAUAAGGCUUUGCUCAUGGGUUCUUAUUUUGGAAAUGUUCUAUCCGUACCCUACCUUGCGAAGCAAGUUGAUGAGCUUAAUGAAAAGCCAUUGGGGUGGGUGGCGGAUAAAGUUCAUGAAUUCUUGGAAGGGGCCGCGACGAAGGAGCAUUUCCUGGGGCUGAUUGAUUGGGUGGAGGCUCAUCGUCCGGUUCCCGGUUCGGCAAAGAUAUAUUUUGAAGAUGGACCGGCUUUUGUGGUGUCGUCCGGGCAGAGGUUCCCGGUGUCUAAGGUGGAUUUCGGGUGGGGUAUGCCGGGUUUCGGGUCAUACCAUUUUCCAUGGGGAGGAGACACCGGGUAUGUGAUGCCGAUGCCAAGCCCAACCGGUAAGGGUGACUGGGUGGUGUACAUGCACCUGUCGAAAGGACAAGUGGAGUUCAUAGAGGCAAAGGCUGCCCAUGUCUUUAGACCCUUGACAUCGACUUAUCUCAACUUGGAUUAUUGUACUAGACCAUAAUAAUAAAGUUAUAUAUGUUAAAUAUGUCGAGUAAUGUUAUAAGUCAUUUAAAAAAUGUUAUACCUUUUAAAAUUACCAUUUGACUUGUAAUUGAUCAUUAUUCAAUUUUGAUCAAAUAGUAAUUUUAAAAGCUACAUUAUUUUAAAAGUGACACAAGAUGAACUUUUAGAAUUACUCAAAUAUGCUUACGUGAAUUGCGCUCUUGUUCAGUUUGUGAUGUUGUAAAAUAUGGUGUAUUUCAAUUUGUCGUUGAAGAACUCCGAGGCAUAUUAUUGUGCUUGAUUAUAUUCUCUAAUUACUUAUGGUGGCAAUGCAUGAUCUUUUUCAACUAUACCAACCAAGUUGACCAACAAUCUCUACCUUAUUAUUUAAUGAGAACAGUUACAUAUUUAUCUCUU